GAAUCAGCACAAGGAUUAAAAAUUUAUUCUAGACUUUUUAUUUUUACCGUAAUUGUCCAUUUUAUAUAUAACAUCUAUUUCCUCGUUAUCCUCGUUACUCCUUAUUCAGACAGCACUGUCAGAGAUAUGGAAAAGUCCAUAGCAAUUCCUCAAUUUGUUGUAUCUUUGGUUGGGGCUUAUUUUGCCAAGCUUAUUAUUGAUUACACUAAAAUUGUUGAACUUAAAAAAAAAAAUGCACAGACACCUGGAAGAGUUGAAGCUUCUAAUACAACAAAUUGUCAAUUAUCCUGUGGCAAAUCAUUACAAAUUGCCGUGGAUGUUUCGGAAGAGAUUUCUGAGAAGGACGAUUUUUGCGAGCUGUUUGAUGUAGAUGCAGUCAGAGUAUUAUUUAUGGUUUGGGGUUCAUCAUCCAUUUUACCACCAAAUAUUGAAGUUGAGGCCAUAUCCGCGUUGCUUUUAUUAACUUG